AUGGCGAGCCUCCAGUCCCCGCGCACCCAGUGCUGCUGUUGUGCCGUGGGUGUGUUCGCCGCCAUGUUUGGCAUCUUCAUGCUGUCUGCCGGCAUCUGCAUUGUGCUCAACGUCACGUUUAUGGAGGUGGACACGAGCGGUUUGCCUCCGGAGCUGCACAACGACGACGGAAAGAAGGUUGUGGGAAUUAUCCUCAUCUGUGUGGCGAUCGCUGCCUUGGGCCUCAGCGCUUCCGUCAGUGUCGUCUACUUCGUCAUCUGCAACAGAAAGGACGACAACCGCCAAGGUAGUCAGCAGAGACAGCAACAGCAAGGCGGCCAGCAGAACAGCAUCGCCCCUCAUCAUCGUCACCACCACCAUCAUCAUCAUCACCAUCACCAUAACGGUUCUGCAGGUAGCUUGACAGCCGUUGGCGGCGGCAGUAGGUCGCACAGGCAGCGUCCGGGCUCACGUGACUCUAUCAAGAGCGGCGAUCAGGGCUCAGUACGCUCUCUCAACGGUAGGCGAAUCUCAACGCCUGACAGAGCUUCCGGGUCCAUGGGGACCCAUGCGUCUGCUGCUGCCUUUAUUGCUCCGAAUGUAUCACGUGGUAUGCCUUCUACUUCCGGGUACAGAAGUUCGAGUCACCACCAUCAUUCCCACCGGAAGCAUCAUAAGAAGCAGCGACGGUUGCGACCCAGUCAGCUCCGGUUUGAGCUCCCUACGCAUACAGAAGAGGAUUUGGAAUCGGCUCGGUCGGUUCCGGAUCUCAAACAAAACGAGCGCGACAGGCGUGGUGACCCUGACGCGACUCGGGUUGCUCAGAGCACUUUCUAUGUCGAACAUGGUGAGCAGGAAGCAGCUGAAAGUGAUUCUCACCACAGUGGUGAUAUGAGUAUGAAUGUUGCCUCGCCACAACAUAAAAAGACCAUGCCUUCGAUAGUAGGGGACAGAUCCCUCGCUCUCACUCCGAUGAGCACAGUGUCUUCUGGUUAUGAGGGAUAUAAUGACGUUUCUGAAACGGCGCUGAUCGAAGGGGUGGAAAACGAGAGCUACGAGAGGUCGGCUGCAGAUCGUGAUGCUGAGGACGACCCGGGUUCUUCAGACAGUCCGCCGGAUGAGACUUCGAUAACUUCUCUCCCUCCGUCAAUAUCGCGGGAAAACGCGGACACGUCAGGUGAAGACGUGCUCAACACGACCACUUCCUCCACCCCUCCGCCUCCCGACAGACCUCUCACCGCCUUCGAGGAGGACACUCAACGAAAACGACAACAACAACAACAACAGCAACAACAACAUCACCACACCGUUCUGAAGGUACAGCCUCCAGAGGGCGGGGAUGUUGACUCGCCUCGUCUAUCUCACGUGACAAUAGACUCGGAAAGCUCCGAGUCGCCUUUGACUCCUCUCCGCCUGGACGAUUCUGACCACCUCGCAACAGCUCAGGAACGUUCGGAUUACCACCACCAUCAGCAGCAACAGCAACAACAACAACAACAUGAUCAUCAUCACCAGCAACAGCAGCAACAACAACAACAGCAAGAGUAUGAUCAUCACCAGCAACAACAACAACAACAAGAGUAUGAUCAUCACCACCAACAUCAGCAACACGACCAGCAACGGCCCCUUCAUUUCCAACCGUCUCGCGGCCCUAUGUCGGACAACAACGUCAUGCAGCCUCGCGGCCUAGACCAGGAAGCAGAAGACGAUUUGACCGAGCUUCCCUCGAGGCCAGGCCAGCUUAAUGGAGUGGACCCAAGAGACAGAGAGGAUGGCAAGGAACAGGACGUGAGAUCUGAGAGUCGGUCCAGCUUUAAUUCUGCCUUUUCCUUUGACGGAGACGACCCAGAUGUCUCUGACAGAGAGCGCAUGCGCGAAAAAAUGAGAGAUUUGUUGGACUGAGUUCACUUACAAUGCUUGCGUCAAAGAAAAGAAUCUUUUCAUGUGGGCCAAAAUAUCCAUACAUAAGCGUAGGGGAGGCAAACAAAGUUCUAUAAGUUAAAUCAUGUUUCUUAUGAUAUGAAUUGGUUUCGAAAUAAAUCGCAACCUCAGUGC